AUGGAAAGCCUGUCACCUGAGGGACCACCCAGCCAUCUGCCCAAGGGGGAGCCCUCUGCCUGUUGGCAGCUCACUGUGCGGGUCCUGGAGGCGCGGAGACUGCACAGGGCUGAUGUGUUGAGUGAGACAGAUCCAUAUGUGAUCCUGCAGCUGCCAACUGCUCCUGGAACGAAGUUCAGGACCAAAACGGUCUCCAACUCCAGUCAUCCUGUAUGGAAUGAGACCUUCAGAUUCCUCAUCCAGAGUCAGGUCAAGAAUGUUCUGGAGCUGAGUAUCUAUGAUGAAGAUUUAAUUACAAAGGAUGAAAUCUGCUUCAGGAUUUUCUAUGAUGUCUCAGAAGUCCUCCCUGGCAAGCUGCUCCAGAAAACCUUUUCCUUGGGACCUCAGGGACAGGAAGAGCUGGAUGUGGAGUUUCUGGUGGAAGAAAUAUCCGACCCUCCAGAAAACCUGAUCACCAACAACGUCCUUGUGGCCAGGGAGCUGUCGUGCCUGGAAGUCCAUCUGGACGGAGCAGAGAGCUGCUGUGGGUUAGCAGAUGGGGACAAGCUGGAGCUGGAGCUCGUCCUGAAGGGGUCCUUUGAAGACACGCAGACAUCUGCUCUGGACGCGGCCUCUGCCUUCCGCUUCCAUUACCUGGCAGCCCAAGACACAGAGCUACAUGGAUGCCUGAGGAGCUCCAGAAGCAAUGGUUGGCACUCGAACAACUCAGUUGGGCACUUCACUGUGCCCCUGAGGUCUUUGGCCAGGGGAAAAGAGGUGACCAUUAGUGUUCCUGCUACAGAUGACUCAGGAGUGAGGCUGAAGCUCAAGGCAGAUAGCUGCCCUAAGGAGAUGGCCGUGCGCCUGGGCUUUGAUCUCUGUGCAGAAGAGCAGGCCUUCCUGAGCAGGAGGAAGCAGGUGGUGGCCAAGGCCCUGAAGCAGGCUCUGCAGCUGGACAGAGACCUACAGGAAGAUGAGGUCCCUGUUGUGGGCAUCAUGGCUGAAGGAGGAGGUGCUCGGGCCAUGACCUCACUCUUUGGACACCUACUGGCCCUGCAAAAGCUGGGCCUCCUGGACUGUGUGACCUACCUGAGUGGUAUCUCGGGUGCUACAUGGACAAUGGCUCACCUGUACUGUGACCCAGAGUGGUCGCAGAAGGACCUCCAUGGACCCAUUAGCCACAUCAGGGAGCAUCUGGCCAAGAGCAAGAUGAGAGCUUUCUCUCCCGAGCAUCUCGCAAGCUACCGGCGGGAGCUGCAACUACGGGCCUCCCAGGGGCUCCCCACCACAGCGGUGGAUCUCUGGGCCCUUUUGCUGGAGUUCGCCCUGCAUGGUCAGGUGAUGGAUCAGACGCUGUCAGGACAGAGAGAUGCACUGGCGCGGGGUCAGAACCCUCUGCCCCUCUACUUGAGCCUUAAUGUCAAAGAGGACACUGUGGACACCCUCCACUUCAAGGAGUGGGUCGAAUUCUCCCCUUAUGAGGUCGGGUUCCUGAAGUACGGAGCUUUUGUGCCUCCUGAGCUCUUUGGCUCUGAGUUCUUCAUGGGGCGACUGAUGAGGAGACUCCCUGAAUCUCGGAUCUGCUUUCUGGAAGGUAUCUGGAGCAACAUUUUCUCCAUAAACGUGAUGGAUGCCUGGUGUAACCUCACCUGGUCUCAUGAGAAAUGGACACAGCAUGUCAAGGACGAGAUACAUAACACAGACAAGGAGCCAGGGGAUUGCAUGAGGACCUCUUCACUGGUGGAGUCCUGGCUGCAGCCUGGAACGGCCCUGGCACGAGCAUUCAAGGGGUUCCUGACAAGGAGGCCGCUGUGCCACCAUGGUGCCAACUUCCUCCACGGCCUCCAGUUACACCAGGGGUACUAUGGCCAGAAAGACUUCUCUACUUGGGCGGACUGCCAGUUGGACUCCACUCCUAGCCAGCUGACCCCCCAGGAGCCCCAGCUCUGCCUGGUGGACACCGGUUACUUAAUGAACAACAGCUAUCCCUCCAUGUUCCAGCCAGGCCGCAGGCUGGACCUCAUCCUCUACUUUGGCUACUCCCUGUCUUCACACUUUGAGGCACUGCAGCAGGCUGAGCUGUACUGCAGGACCCAGGGGCUGCCCUUCCCCCAUGUGGAGGCCAGUGCUGAGGACCACCGCCAGCCUGGGGAGUGCUACCUGUUCUCGGACCCCACCUGCCCGGAGGCCCCUGUCCUGCUCUGCCUCCCCCUGGUCAAUGUCUCCUUCAAGGAUCACUCCGCCCCUGGUGUCCCGCGCAGCCCCACAGAGCUCCAGGCUGGUCAGGUGGACCUCAACAAGACCACCACGCCCUAUUUCCUGCACAACAUGACCUACUCAGAGGAAGACUUUGACCGCCUGCUACAGCUGAAUGACUACAACCUGCGGAACAGCCAGGGCACCAUCCUGAAGGCCCUGAGGAUGGCCCUGAAGCACAGGGCCCCAGAGUCUGGGCGUCAAGGGGCCCAGGUGUAAGGUUGCUCAGGGGUCCCAAGAUCCUGCGGGCCUGGGGCCUGACUACCUGCUGCUGGACCCUUCUUAGUGAGAGCCCUUCUUAGCUCCUGUUCUCCAGCUCUCCCAGCCUGGGCCACCUUUUUAGCUCAUCUUACUGCCCUGAUGCUUGCCCUGAGGUUCAUAGCUGGCUCGAGGGUUGGAACUAAACUCGUCCUCUGGCUAGCAUUUUAGCCGGGUAUGGAGGUGCACACCUGUAAUCCAAGCGCCCUGGAAAGCUAAGGCAGGAAGACUGCAAUUUAGUGAUUAGUGAGACUCUUGUCAAUCAAUCAGUCAAUCAAAUAAUCAAGCAAUCAAAGGGUGAUUCACUCAAUGCAAAGAGCCUGAGUUCAAUCUCCAGUGGUGGAGAGGGAAGAGCAACUGGUCAUAUUAGAUAAGUCUUCACAAGUAACUGCUUUCAUACUUGAGCAGAAUGGAUUUGAGGUGGUUUCAGGUACCAGGAGUCACACUCUCUUUUCUUCUGUCUUUCACUGUACAAGUCUUAUACUUUUAUAAAUUUAUUCCUCAGUAUUUUUUUUCCUUGAGACAAGGUCUCACUAUGUAGUACAGGCUGGACUUGAAUUUGCAGUCUUCCUGCCUCAGCCUCCUGACUGCUGAGAUUACAGAUAUGCACUACCAUACCUGGAUAUUCUUAAAUAUUUUAUUGUUAUGGUGUUGCAAAUGGAAUUAUUAAUUUCAUUUUCAGGUAAUUCACUGGUAUUGCAUAGAAGCACAGUUUUUAAAAUUCUGUUUAAUUUGGGGGAAUUUUUUCACUUGUUUUGAUACCGGGAAUUGACACUCAGGACCUUGUGCUUACCAGCCAGGUGCUGUGCGCUGAGCUACAUCCCAGGGCCCAGCACAGUUUAUUUUUCUAUUUUGAUUUUGUGUUCCAAAAUCUUGCUUGUUUAUUAGCUCUAAUUCUGUAUUGGUGGAUUCCUUAGAACUUUGUACAUAUAGAACGUGUCAUCUGCACAUAGAGGUGAUUUCCUUUUUUCUUUUUACUUUAAUGCUUUCUGUUUCUCUUUCUUCUGGCCUGGUUCCCCUUACUAGAAUCUCUAGCCCAGUGCUGAUUGUGCAGACCUGAGUGUCUUGUUCCUGAUAGAGGAAUGUGUUAAUCUUUUCUCCUUUGGUUCUGGCUUUGUCUUCUAUGUUCUUUAUCAGAUUUAGGAAGUCCCCUUCUAUUCAGUUUGUUGAGUGUUUUGAGUUUCUUUCUUUUUUUUCCUAUGCAACUAUUGAAUUUUGUCAGAUGAUUGUGGGUGUGUGUUGUGUCUAUUAAGAUAAUAGUGGGGCUUUUGUCCUGUAUUAUAUUAA